GCAGUCCUACCUCCAUCACGUCCACUGAGGUAUGCAUUGGUCUACGGUCCACAUGCUCUGGAUGGUUUAUCCGCCAACCUUCGGUUCUGCCUAUACUCUCAGCCUCAAGUCCGCUAGAAAGCGCACCCAUUCCGAUACAAGUGCCAAGCUAACUUUCCAAAAACGUUUUUUUCUAAUAGGAUAUAAGCCACUAGCAGAAUCUGUUCAUCCCAUAUAACCUAGCACGAGCCAUGCAUUUCUCAUUCAUCCGAGUCAUCGCAGUCGUUGCAGCUUUGACAAGAAUUAUGCCUGUCAGCGCAGAUUGGUGUGCGCCCUUAGGCCACGCUUGUGGCCCCACCAGCCCGGAGCGCCUCGAUUGCUGCGUCGGUCCCCUUGUGUGUCCGCCUUUGCGCCUUGUACCAGUCCGGAAGUACCAUCGUGUACUGCCAGGAGAAGUCCGGAUGAGCUUGGCAAAUUUUAUACAAUUUUUCCUGACACCUCGACCGGACUCCCGAAUAAAUUACUGUAGCGUUGAUAGAAGACCUCGGGCUCAGGCCACAUGUCAUUCAACUUGUAUACAGUAAAAGUAGAAGAAAAUCGGUGUCUUCAGCCGACAUUGAAGUAGGUGUACGUGACAUUGACGAUCAUUCGAAAGAAGGGGCUGGUGUCGAGGCAUUGGAACAAGAACUAAAGAACAAGCCUCAGCGUCGUGAAGAGAACCACCAGUACUAGUGAGGUACAAAUAGC